CGUUAACACGUCAGUGAAGUUUACAGGGAAGGAUUGAGCCGGUUCCUUCCUGGGGGAUUGUACGGCUGGGCAGUUCCGGUUUGUGGUUUUCAUAUUAUUUUAUAUAACGUAAGGGGGGGAGCUGCCUUUUCCGGGAAUAAUUGCUGUUAGUCGGUGUUUCGUCUGCUUGAAAAAAGGAAUUGAAUGUGAAGUCAACGUCACCACCGCUGUUUAGGCCGCCAUUUUGGAUUCAGGGGUCAGGGCCAGUGACAGGUUUCUGAAAAUGGUGGACAAGAAUAUCUAUAUAGUCCAGGGAGAAAUUAGCAUUGUUGUUGGUGCAAUAAAACGCAAUGCACGAUGGAGCAUGCACACUCCUGUGGAUGAGGAACAGGACCCUCUGCUACACAGCUUUAGUGUCCUAAAGGAAGUAUUAAAUAAUAUUAAAGAACUUUCUGAAAUUGAGCCCAAUGUAUUCCUUCGUCCUUUCUUGGAAGUUAUCCGUUCUGAAGACACUACAGGCCCUAUUACUGGACUUGCUCUGACGUCUGUCAAUAAGUUUCUUUCCUAUGCACUUAUAGAUCCAAGCCAUGAAGGUACAGCUGAAGGAAUUGAAAAUAUGGCAGAUGCAGUUACACAUGCCCGAUUUGUUGGCACUGACCCAGCGAGUGACGAGGUUGUCUUGAUGAAAAUCUUACAGGUUUUGCGGACUUUGCUUCUCACCCCAGUUGGAGCUCAUUUAACAAAUGAAUCCGUUUGUGAAAUAAUGCAAUCUUGUUUUCGCAUAUGCUUUGAAAUGAGGCUGAGUGAGUUAUUGAGAAAAUCUGCAGAGCACACUCUUGUCGACAUGGUGCAGCUGCUCUUCUCAAGGUUACCACAGUUUAAGGAAGAAGCAAAGAGUUACAUUGGGACUAACAUGAAAAAGAUCUCUCCAUGUCUACUCUGCAAAAUGGAGCUUAAUAGUGGUGAACAGUCCAAAAACCUGAACCAGUUAGAGAGGGUACUUCUUUUUAAGAGCCUGAAGUUGAAAAUGAGAGCUGGAGGAAUGAGUGACUCCUCAAAAUGGAAAAAGCAGAAGAAAUCUCCUAGGCAGCCACGUCAUGUUACCAAAGCUAUGGCGGCAGCAGAACCCUCCUCUCAGCAACCAGUAGUUAAUGGCACCACAAUUACUACUAACCUCACUGGUGAAGUUCCUUUUAUUGAUGCUUCCUCUCCAGAUGCUAAUUUUCCCAUUUCAGGGGUGAGUUCAGAGGCCACGUCUGCUGUAGUCAGUCCUACCACAGAUAGUGGUGUAGAUAUGUCCUCUCAGGCAACAUCUAAAGAAGACCUUUCUGAACUGGAUCCUGCAAGUCCAUCUCUUUCUGCCAUUCAGCAAUCAGGAGACAUUUGUCUUUCUGAACAGCAAAACCAGGAUGAUGAUAAGAUUGAAGACCUUAUGGAAAGGCAUACAUAUUCUGCUUCUGUGGAAUCCAUACCAGAAGUAUUAGAUGAUAAUGUGUCAUUGGCUGAUCAAUCAGACUCCGCUUCAGUCCAUGAUAUGGAUUAUGUAAAUCCUAGAGGUGUGAGAUUUACCCAAUCUUCACAGAAAGAAGGAACAGUCUUAGUACCAUAUGGACUGCCAUGCAUUCGGGAAUUAUUUCGUUUUCUUAUUUCUUUAACCAACCCCCAUGAUCGACAUAACUCCGAAGUGAUGAUACACAUGGGUUUACAGUUGAUCACAGUUGCUCUUGAGUCUGCACCUAUUGAAAAUUAUGUUUCGCUUUUAGGCCUUGUAAAGGAUGAACUUUGUCGACACUUAUUUCAGCUACUGAGCAUUGAGAGACUGAACCUAUAUGCAGCUUCCUUGCGAGCAUGUUUUCUUUUGUUUGAGGGUAUGAGGGAGCAUUUGAAGUUCCAGCUAGAGAUGUACAUAAAGAAGCUCAUGGAUAUUAUUACUGUGGAGAACCCUAAGAUGCCUUAUGAGAUGAAAGAAAUGGCUCUUGAAGCUAUUGUGCAAUUGUGGAGAAUCCCGAGCUUUGUUACAGAAUUAUACAUUAAUUACGACUGUGAUUAUUAUUGCUCCAACCUUUUUGAAGAUCUCACUAAACUGCUUUCCAAGAAUGCCUUUCCAGUUUCUGGACAGCUGUACACCACUCAUCUCCUUUCCCUGGAAGCUCUGCUAACUGUCAUUGAUAGCACAGAAUCACACUGCCAGGCUAAAAAUCUAAGCAAUGUGUCACAGGAUAAGAAAGAAACUGGAAAACCAAGUGGAGAUCUGUCAGAAGGGACCAAAGAUUCUGGAAAUCUCAAUGAACACUCCAUUGAAGUUAAGCCAUUCACUGUUAGUGCAGAAAACAAUGGAUCGAAGCCCCCCACAAGUGGCCACUUAAUGGCAGAUAAAAUGACUCUUGGGGUCCAAGAAACAGAGUACAGCACUGAUGGAGGUGAGAAGAAGACUUUAAAGAAGCCCCAACGCUUUUCCUGCUUACUUCCGAAUGUUCAAGAGCUGAAUGACAUUAAGACCAAAAAGAAGCUUCUUAUAACUGGAACUGAGCAGUUCAACCAGAAACCAAAGAAAGGAGUGCAGUUUCUUCAGGAAAAAGACCUUUUGGCAACCCCCAUGGAUAAUGCUGAGGUAGCACAGUGGCUCAGAGAAAAUCCAAGGCUGGACAAGAAAAUGAUUGGGGAGUUUGUGAGUGAUCGCAAAAAUCUGGACUUACUUGAAAGUUUUGUAGGAACCUUCCAUUUCCAAGGCCUGAGAGUUGAUGAAGCUUUAAGGCUUUACCUUGAAGCUUUUCGUUUGCCUGGCGAGGCACCUGUGAUUCAGAGGUUACUGGAGGCUUUUACAGAGCACUGGCGAAAAUCCAAUGGAACUCCUUUUGCACACAGUGAUGCCUGCUUUGCUUUGGCUUAUGCAGUUAUCAUGCUGAACACAGACCAACACAAUCACAAUGUCCGCAAGCAAAAUGUGCCAAUGACUUUAGAGGAAUUCAGGAAAAAUUUAAAGGGUGUUAAUGGUGGAAAAGAUUUUGACCAAGAUAUGCUAGAGGAUAUUUAUCACGCAAUCAAAAAUGAAGAAAUUGUAAUGCCUGAAGAGCAGACUGGCUUAGUAAAAGAGAAUUAUUUUUGGAAUGUUUUGCUGCAUCGGGGAGCCACUCCAGAAGGAAUGUUCUUGCAUGUGGAUCCUGGAAGUUAUGACCAUGACCUCUUUACUAUGACUUGGGGGCCAACAAUAGCUGCCUUGUCCUAUGUGUUUGAUAAGAGCAUGGAUGAAACGAUUAUUCAGAAAGCAAUAUCUGGUUUUAGGAAAUGUGCAAUGAUAUCUGCUCACUAUGGUCUCAGUGAUGUUUUUGACAAUCUCAUAAUUUCCUUGUGCAAGUUUACAACACUUAGCAGUGAAGCCGUUGAAAAUCUUCCCACUGUUUUUGGAAGCAACCUAAAAGCUCAGAUCGCUGCAAAGACUGUGUUCCACUUAUCCCACAGACAUGGUGACAUCCUUCGAGAGGGAUGGAAAAAUAUUAUGGACUCCAUGCUGCAGCUUUUUAGAGCUGAGCUGCUUCCCAAGGCUAUGGUUGAGGUUGAAGAUUUUGUAGACCCCAAUGGAAAAAUAUCUCUUCAACGUGAGGAAAUCCCUGCCAACCGUGGGGAAUCCACUGUACUAAGUUUUGUCAGCUGGCUGACUCUGAGUGGGACAGAACAGUCAAGUCUAAGAGGACCUUCUACUGAAAAUCAAGAGGCCAAGAAACUAGCGCUGGAAUGUAUCAAGUUAUGUGAUCCAGAGAAACUGAUCACAGAGAGCAAGUUUCUUCAACUGGAGUCUUUGCAAGAACUAAUGAAGGCUCUGAUAUCUGUGACACCAGAUGAAGAAACGUAUGAUGAAGAAGAUGCUGCAUUCUGCCUAGAAAUGUUAAUGAGAAUUGUGCUAGAAAACAGAGAUCGUGUUGGCUGUGUUUGGCAGGCUGUACGAGAUCAUCUCUAUCGUCUAUGUGUCCAUGCUGUAGAGUUCUGCUUCCUGGUUGAAAGAGCAGUUGUAGGGCUGCUGCGCUUGGCAAUACGCCUUUUACGCAGAGAGGAAAUUAGUGGUCAGGUUAUCCUCUCCUUGAGAAUUCUUUUAAUGAUGAAACCAACUGUGUUGUCUAAAGUGAGUCGCCAAGUUGCUUUUGGUGUGCAUGAGCUCUUGAAAACCAAUGCUGCUAACAUCCAUUCCAGCAAUGACUGGUACACACUAUUCUGCCUUUUGGAGUGCAUUGGGGCAGGAGUGAAGCCGCCCCCUGCCUUACAGGUGACGACGAGAGCUGACAAUGACACAGGUGCGCAGUCUGACAGUGAAGUUUCCUCAUACCAUCCAAGUGAAGUGAAUCUUGAUCGUGGAUACACCUCAGACUCUGAGGUAUAUGCAGAACACAGCAAGCAGUCAAAAAUGCACCGCUCUGUGACUGAUGUGGAUAUGAUGAACAGUGGCUGGCUGAUGGUUGGAAAGGAAGAUGUUGACUCUUCUAAAGUUGCUACAGUUAUUAACAAACCUGUUGCUAAUGCCCCAGUGAAUCAAUACAGCCUAACCAUUGGUUUGGAUUUUGGCCCUCACGAUACCAAAUCUCUCAUGAAGAGCGUGGAGUCCCUUUCUUUUAUUGUUCGAGAUGCUGCACAUGUCACACCAGAAAACUUUGAACUCUGUGUUAAAACAAUCCGUGUCUUUGUAGAGGCAAGUCUAAAUGGAGGUGUGUGGUACAAAUCUCAGGAGAAAAGGGUAAAGAACCACAAAUAUGACAGUAAAUCCAACCGCUUCAAAAAGAAAACCAAGGAAAAAGAAAAUUCUGUCCGCCGUACACGGGCUUCAAAUCAGCGACAAUACCGAUCUCACAGUGAUGAUGAGGAAGAUGAAAGUGUACCAGCCAGCUAUCACACUGUGUCAUUACAGGUUAGUCAUGAUCUUUUGGACCUAAUGCACACACUUCACACAAGAGCUGCCACCAUAUACAGUUCUUGGGCAGAGGAACAGCGCAACCUAGAGACAGCUGCUGAGAAAAUUACAGCCGAUUCUAAGACACUGUGGUCAAACUGUUGGUGUCCUUUACUGCAAGGUAUUGCUUGGCUCUGCUGUGAUGCUCGGCGCCAGGUCAGAAUGCAGGCUCUCACCUACCUGCAAAGGGCACUUUUAGUCCAUGACUUACAGGCUCUUGAUGCACUUGAAUGGGAAUCAUGCUUUAAUAAGGUGCUAUUUCCAUUGCUGACCAAACUAUUGGAAAAUAUUAGUCCAGCUGAUGUUGGCGGGAUGGAGGAGACCAGAAUGAGAGGCUCCACUCUGCUCUCAAAGGUAUUUCUACAGCAUCUGUCUCCUCUUCUUUCUCUGUCGACAUUUGCUGCCUUGUGGCUUACUAUUCUUGAUUUCAUGGACAAGUACAUGCAUGCUGGCUCCAGUGACUUACUGCCUGAGGCAAUUCCAGAGUCACUGAAAAAUAUGCUUCUCGUAAUGGACACUGCCGGAAUAUUCCACAGUGCAGACUCGCGGACGGGCUACUCUGAUUUAUGGGAGAUCACGUGGGAAAGGAUAGAUUGCUUUUUACCUCGUCUAAGGGAAGAACUGUUUAAACAAACUGUGAUACAAGAUCCACCCAAUAUAGUUACAACAGAAACUCCUGUUGAGCCAAGACCUCCCCCUCAAUCAACUCAGUCAGAGAGACCAGCGGAGCAGGGACCUUGUGACUCAGAGACUCAAAGUUUAGCAAUCUCAUCUGCUCCAGUAGUUGGAUCAAGUUCUUCCUGCACCCCAGUUAGAGUCAGCCCUGUAACAGAUAUACCUCCACCUAUAACUCAGUCUCCAGUCAUCCUGCAUCCUCUGACCUCCCCGCUGCAGGUGGGAGUGCCACCCAUGUCGCUGCCAAUCAUCCUCAACCCUGCAUUAAUUGAAGCUACCUCUCCAGUUCCGCUCUUGUCCACUCCCCGACCUGCUGAUGUAUCAUCUGUCUCAGAGGUCAACUAACAUCUAAUGUUGGACCUUGGUGAACUUGCAAUGGUGCUGGUUAACUAGCUACCAUUUUAUUUAAAUAUUAUAAUUAUAUAAAUAUACAGCCGCAAACAGAAAAACAGAUGCUGGGAUAACGUCUGGAAGAAGCAAGACUGUUUUGCAGUCCUCUUUUCAUUUGUAUCUUGGUGAAAUAUGGAAUUAUAUCAUAACCCCAAGCUCUAUUUUCAUUUAAUAAAAUUUUAGUCUCUGGAUUCAGCAAGUGAAUUCUAGAGCCAUUUGCUUUAGUUUUGAUGUGACAUUCCUUUGCUAAAUCUGAUCAGCAUGCAUGGAAUAAGUGCUGCUGUAGAUUUGCACAUUUGGAGAGGAGCUGUUCUUAUCGAUGUCCUUAGUUUGACUGUCGCUUUUAAUCAUACCUGUACCCUUUGCAUGUCUGCAGUAUUUCACUCCUGUUCCUUCCUCCUACCUAGCCAAUUAAUUCAACAUAAAGGGAAUGAAGGUGCUAGUUUGGUUUUUUUUUUGUUUUUUUUUAUGCCCAAGUCACCUUCACCAGGUAAAAAAAAAAUUGCUUUUGUAAACGUGUAUUACUGAUAAGUUAUAUUACUACUGCAUACAAAACCCAGGGUAUGAAAAUAGUCUAGACCCGUUUCUUGGACUCUACUUGUGAAAUGAAGCAGCAGGUUCAGAGCAGCGGCAAUGGUAAUUCAUGACUGCAAAUUAACUUCACUUUAUAACCAAGUGGUAGAUGGCAAAAAGACAGCGAUAUUACUGUGUAAAGACAAAAACUGUCUAUUUUUAAAUCUCAUAUUUUAUUUUUAUGUAAAUAAAUGAAAUGUGUUUUAGCCCCAUGCAAUAAGUUAUAAUGUUUUCCUUGCCCAGCCUCCAUCGCAUUUAUGUUUCAUGCACAUUUGCCUGCAAAGGGACAAAUGGUGUCCCCCUGGUACCGUACUAUCCCAUUAUAUUCUUAUAUUCAAUUAUAAAGUGGAAUGUGCUGUUGAUAACUCUCCCAGGUAUAUGGGUCAGUAAAUAGGCAGUACGCUGGCCCAUUUUACAUCCAAGUUUAGCCCAAUUUAUGUUUCACUACAGCUGCUUUUUCUUCUUUCCCUUUAGCACAGUUUGUAACCCACCUGCCCAUUUUUCCAUUUCCAUAUUUCUGUCUGUUCUAUGGCUGCUGAGAUUUACAAAGAAACGCUAUAAUUGUACUGUUUGCACAAGCUCUGUAAAGCAGGACAUUAGCAACUACAAAUAAUGUAUAUAGCAGAUACCAGAGGAAAAUGUUCUUUUUAUGGUGUAAUAAAGUUCGUGUAAAUUCAA